AUGUCCCAGCCCACCACAUUCACCCCGCCCCAAAGCACCCACUGGCCUUCCAGCAACUUCGUCCUCGCCGCCGGCACCGCAACCUUCCAGCCCUCGACCCGCAAGGUUCUCAUCAUCCAAGACACCUCGCGCACGCGCCCCGGCACCCCGCGCGAGAGCUGCCUCUGGUUCCUGCCGCGCGGCCGCAAAGACAUUGGCGAGAGCAUCGAGGACUGCGCUGUGAGGGAGACGCUUGAAGAGGCCGGCUACACCGCCACGUUCCUCAGCACCCCCCACGCAACCCUACAGCCCACCGGUAGCAACAGCAGCAUCGGGCCCCACACCGAAGCCAUCCACCUACAGGUCAUGCCGCACACACUCCGUCGGCCCGUGCGGCUUCCAGAAAAGCUGGGUGAUCUCUGUCUGUACGUGGCGUUCUGGUUCCUGUGCACGAUCCCGGCGGACGCGGUGCGGGUGCCGGACUACGGCGCGCACUUUGUCGGCGCGCAUGAGCGCGGAUAUGAUUCGGAGCUUGUGGAGGUGGGCGAGGCGGUGAAGCUGCUGAGUGGUGGGAGGCUGGAGUAUAGGGAGGAGGGGGAACGGGGGUGUGUGGUGGAGAGGAGGACGGGGAGAAGGGUGCGCUGGGAGGAUGUGGAGGCGGAGUGGGCGGGUGGGGUGGAGGCGUUAGUGGUGGCGCGGGGGUGGGAGGCUCUGAAGAAAGCGGUGGAGGAUGGGUGGAUGGAUGUGGCGGAGGAUGCUGGUGGGUCGUAG